UGUUCGGAAAAGCACCGUGGCCGAAAACUUGGAUAAAAAAAAUGGAAAAAGUAACUGGCUCACCAACUUUAUCGGUGUAUGCGCUGGCAAGAUAAGGAACAGCAGAAAUGGAGCCCUUGCUUUUCUGCCUGCCUCGCUUUUCCCUCUGACAAUGGAGUGGGGGGAAGAUAGCCAGAUUUUCUCGGAGUUCCAUUGAAAGUAUUUUUUUCUACUCAUGGAGAAAGGAGCGAGAAGAAGUCGGGAGUCAUGAGCACAGGUGUAAAGAAGCCUCCAUUAGCUCCCAAACCAAAACUCCCUGCUCCAACCAAGCCACCCAUCGCCCCAAAGCCAUGUCCUCUCUCCCAGUCUCCUCUUCUCUCCCAGCCCUCCCCUUCUACCCUUAAGAGGCCAAAGCCAGCUGUUGCUCCUAAACCGUGCCUUCCUCGAUCCACGGCCACUUCUCCACCGCCUGUUUCGCCCCCGCCGCCAAAACCAGCCGAACCUUUCAGUCUCUCCCAGGAGGAGACUUUGGAUGAGAACCUCUUUCAUCUCAACUCCAAGAAUGGGAUCUUAUCGCAGACAGGCAGGCGUGCGUCGGAUUACAUCAUUCCCGCCUGCUCAUGCUCUGGCGAGGAGUUCUCCAAGUGCCAUCCGCAGGAAAAUGGAGACUCGACUGAGUCUCCAGCAGAUUUCCAUAAAGAGCCUCUGCAGAAUGGGGUUACCCCCGGCAAUAGCACACAAGAGGAAGGGGAGCUCCAGACGAGGGCCCCACCUGUUUCUAAGGAGGAAAGGAUUAGCAAAAAGCCAAGAGAUAAACCUCAAAGACAGAGAUACCUUGAUAGAGGAUUAGUUAACAAAGAGGCUGAGAGGACUGAGGAGGGAAAACGUGAGGAAAGUGGGGUUUCAGAACUUAAAUAUCCAGACGAGCUGACUGCGGCGCGUACGUCAGCCUGUGAUGUUGCAGGCAACAUCCCGACAAUUUUCGCUCCAUCGGAGCCUGAGGGAGACGGGGCCGAUUCCAUCAGCCGAACAUUUCUAAUCGGUUCCCAACCUGAUCUACCAGUCCCUGCUGCUCCCAGUAAGCCUCUCCCAGUCCCCCACCCACGGAGGUUUAAAAAGCCGGCCCUGGUGAGGCAGGAUGGCGUGGAGGGUGGCACUCAGGAUCAGGUGGUGCUAGUGGAGGAACAGACAAAUGAGCCUGAGGGCAAACUGAGAGAGGCUCCUCUGUCUGUCAGAACAGAGAACCAGGACGACUCUGAAACUCAGAGAGACUCGUGUUUGGUGGAUUCAGAGACAGACGUCCCCGUUCCGCCUCCCAGACAGACCUCCCUCUCUCCACGCCUCCUCAGAACUGUCCGCUGUUCGCUCAACAAAAACACCUCCCACUCCUUAGACCUGCUCUCCCAACCUGACUCAGAGGGUCCCGGUAAAGAGGCUCAGCAGGUGGAGGAGGAUGAGGAGGACGGGUACGGCGACUUUGAGCGGUACCCCAUCUGCCACAGCCUCCCCAAGCAGAUCAAACUGGGCUGUCACCCUCCGCUGGUCUACAGCCGGAAAGCCGUUUCUUCCGAUGAUCAGCAGUCCCCGAGGGCGCCGCCGAGGAAACCUCAGAGACACAGCCUGCCCGCACCGCCGCCGCCCUCCUUCUGUCCUCCUGCUCCUCCUCACGCCAGCACCCCCAUGAGAGAGCUGCCCCCACCUCCUCAGGAGAAAACUGCCUGGCGCUUCUCCCGGCCCUGCGUCACUUUUUUCAGCCGUCAGAUCCCCACCAGGAGCAGCGUGCCGCCUAAAAGCCGAGCGCCGGCGCUAGGGGGCAAGCAGAGGGCGCAGUCCUUCUCCGCAGCCGACCUGGCAACCCGGGCCAGCUCUUCCCAAAAGAGGAGCCUCUCCUUCCGCAAGCUGCUGGAGCUGCGGCUGUCUGUGAAGAUGCUGCCAAAGCUGCUGGCCAAAGGGGGCCAGUCCCUGGACUGCGUCAGCUCGGACUCCAGUAGCGGGGACAAAAGCCUGGAGCGGCCCAGCAGCUGCAUCCAGGACACGGAUAUUCACAGCGAAGAUGUGGAGUAUGAGAACGUGCAGCUGUAUGACGAGAUCCCAGAGUAUAUGAACCUGCCGUUCCACAGCGGCAGGCUGGGCUGGCAGGACGAAGGAGACGCUAACAUCUACGAGGUGCAGGACCCCUUUCACAGCGAGCACGAAUACGAGAGCGACUGGUUAAAGGACGAUGUCCACUCUGAGGAGGAGGAGAUGCACAGUUCAGACGAAGAGGACAACAGCUCUACCUCCAGCAAGGAGCACCUGGACGAGGCAGACAGACAGCAGGAGGAUGAGAUGAAGAGGAAGAAGGUGGUGCACAUUGCCCAGGAAAUCAUGAGCUCAGAGAAAGUGUUUGUGGAUGUCCUAAAGCUUCUUCACAUAGACUUUCGGGAUGCUGUUGCCAAGGCAACGCGUCAGAACGGGAAGCCAGUGGUGGAAGAGCGGAUCCUCAGUCAGAUUCUCUACUACCUGCCGCAGCUGUACCAGCUGAACAAAGACCUGCUGAGGGAGCUGGAGGAGAGGGUGGCACACUGGAGCGACCAUCAGAGAUUGUCGGACAUCUUUGUCCAGAAAGGUCCCUACCUGAAGAUGUAUUCCACCUACAUCCGGCAGUUUGACAACAACGUGGCUCUGCUGGAUGAGCAGUGCAGGAAGAACCCGGCGUUUGCGUCUGUCGUCCGAGAGUUUGAGAUGAGUCCACGAUGUGCCAGCCUGGCUCUGAAACACUACCUUCUGAAACCAGUGCAGAGGAUCCCUCAGUACCAGCUGCUGCUCACAGAUUAUCUGAAGAACCUCCCUGAGGACUCUGAGGACUAUAAAGACACACAAACUGCACUCAGCGUCGUGAAGGAAGUAGCCAAUCAUGCCAAUGACAUCAUGAAGCAAGGGGAUAACUUUCAGAAGCUGAUGCAGAUUCAGUACAGUCUCAACGGCCAGCAUGAGAUCGUUCAGCCAGGCAGGGUGUUUCUGAAGGAGGGGACGCUGAUGAAGCUGUCUAGGAAAGUCAUGCAGCCGCGGAUGUUUUUCCUGUUCAACGAUGCUCUCAUGUACACCACUCCGGUCCAGUCUGCCCAGUAUAAACUCAACAGCGUUCUGUCUCUGGCUGGAAUGAAGGUGAGUAAGCCCAGUCAGGAGGCCUAUCAGAAUGAGCUAAACAUCGAAAGCGUUGAGCGCUCCUUCAUCCUGUCCGCCAGCUCGGCUAAAGAGAGAGAUGAGUGGCUGGAGGCCAUCGGCAAGGCUAUCGAAGAUUACACCAAGAAGAAAAUAACUUUCAUAUCGAGCCGAAGUCAGGAAGAGGCGGAAGGUGUCGUUGACAGCGGCGCCCCUUUAGGCUCAAAAGCUCCCAUAUGGAUUCCAGACCUGAGAGCCACCAUGUGCAUGAUCUGCACCUGCGAGUUCACCCUCACAUGGAGGAGGCAUCACUGCCGGGCCUGUGGGAAGGUGGUGUGUCAGGCCUGCUCUACUAAUAAGUACUACCUGGAGUACUUGAAGAACCAACCGGCUCGCGUGUGCGACCACUGCUUCGCCAAGCUUCAGGAAAACAGUGACCGCAGAGCUUCAUCAUCAACAUCUCCAAUUAAAUCUGGAGCGUUUUCCUUCACAAGAAAACAGAAGAAGAUCCCCGCUGCACUAAAAGAGGUGUCCGCCAACACAGAAAACUCCUCCAUGAGCGGCUACCUACACAGGUCCAAAGGCAACAAGAAGCAAUGGAAAAGGCUGUGGUUCGUCAUAAAGAAUAAAGUUCUGUACACCUACGCUGCUAGCGAGGACGUGGCGGCGCUGGAGAGCCAACCUUUGCUGGGUUUCUUCCUGAGGGAGGAGAAGAACGGGCCGGCUCAGAAGCUGCAGUUCAAGCUCUAUCACAAAAACACGCUGUUCUACAUAUUCAAGGCAGACGACAUUCCCACGGCGCAGAGAUGGAUCGAAGCCUUCCAGGAGGCCAUGAUUCUGGAGCAGUAGUCGCUUCUGCUGUCAGUGAUCAGCUCCAGGAGGAGCUGCAGGCGGGCGGAUAGUAAACUGCACAUGAAGACAUUUGGACAAGCUCCAGCUUCUGAUGCUCGGCAAUGUGGACCGAGUUCGGAGCCCGUCACAACCGCAGGUCAACGGUCAAGUCCAGAAAGCACGUGUGAGGAAGUACGACCAAAACUGUGCAACAGCUGCUUUAAAGCCGAGAGGCCUGGGGACGAGUUUCAAAAUGCUUUCAGAUGAAGGAAUCACUUUUUUGUAAAGCAGCAUACACUCACUGGUAAAAAGGAAAGCUGUGGAGAUGUAAAUAUUAAGUAAUAUA